AUGGUUCACCAUAGACUGAAUGAGCGUGAAUCAAAUCCAAAUCCACACGUCAAUUUCAUCUCAGCACUGCCGGCAAUUGACCGCGAGGAGCAAGAGAGCGCGAGGCAGCUCUUACGCGCUUUGGCUGCUCAAGUGCGCCCGGUAAUGAAAAGUCACGGCUUUGAGAUCAAUAGUCUUGAAGAGUACGAAUUCAACAAAGUCUUUGGUGGGAGGAACUGGAACAAUGGCGAAACUGUGGAACUGGUCCUUCGCGGUGCUGACGGCGCGUUCCAGCCAGUGUCCUGGUUAAUGAGCACAUUUUGCCAUGAACUCGCGCAUAUAAAGCAUAUGAACCACAGUCCAGCUUUCCAAGCACUGUGGCGUCGAUUGAACGCCGAAGUGAGAGCUCUCCAACUGAAAGGGUAUUACGGCGAUGGCUACUGGUCAUCAGGGACGCGUCUAGCAGAUUCUGCCAGAGUUGGUGGCCUUGGAUUGGAUGCGGGGGAACUACCAGAAUAUAUGUGUGGUGGUGCACACUCAAGGCGACGACCAACGGCUCUACGUCGCCGACGCAACGCCGGACCCCGCAAAACGGCCUACAAUGCAGUACCGACGGUCCACACUGGUCGACAAACUGCCAAGAAACGCAAAGCUGGUGCGAGAGUGACUGGGGAGUUUGGCGGUGAAGGGCAUGCCCUCGUGGAUGCUUCUGAUCCUCGGGACGUCGAGGGUGGUGGUUUCGGAAAGAAAGCUGCUAGCAAACGGGCGCGCGAGGAAAGAGCCUUAGCUGCAGAGCGUAGAAUCCAGGCAUUGCAACGGCAGCAACAACAAGCGUCUGAGAGCCGUUCUGGCGGCGAUUCGGAUGGAGACGACGAAGACGGGGAGGAGGUCGUGCCAGAAACCGAUGCAGAGCGCUUGCAGACACUAAAACAAUCAGAAGAAGGCACGGAUCUGAAGACACUAAAGGAAGAAGGCAUCGAUGUUGGAGAUUUCGUGUUUCCAAGCAGCGACAUUAAGAAAGACCACCCCUCAGGAAAGGCAAAGAGCAAGAACACGGAACCCAUAGUUAUUGAUGAAGACACCUCGGACGCCUCUCCAGCGCCAGGACCAUCGACACUUAUUUUGAACCCAAUUCAUACCUCCACCGCAUCUGUCGAAUCGCAUACAAAACUCAAGAAGGGAAAUAUCGUUAAGAUAGAGACCGAGUCGCGCAAGAAAGAGGCUCUAGGUAUGGGCCCGUCCAAGGCGGGACAGCGAGUGCUCGGGAAAGGGAAGACUAUUGCUACAACCCGGAAGCUAGGUUCCGAUGCGCCUUCAACGCCACUGCGCGUAACUGCGCGCGAAUCAAAGCAGUGGGCGUGUACGGUAUGCACAUUGUUAAACGAGCCAUUGCAUCUCUCAUGUUCUGCUUGCGGAUCCCUCCAAGGCGGGUCAGGACCUGCUAUCUCUUGA